AUGGCUGAAGAACAAAAUGAUCUAAUCGUUGUAGGGGCAGGCUGGUUCGGGCUUGCAGCAGCCAAGCAUUAUAUUCAACUGCAUCCAAACGAGCGUGUUGUCGUCAUCGAGUCAGCCAGCAGCUGCGGAGGGACAUGGGCGGAGCACCGGCUGUACCCGGGGUUGAAGUCAAACAACAUGAUUGGAUCUUACGAAUAUCCCGAUUUUCCUAUGUCUGAGGACAUAUACGGGGUCAAGCCCGACAGUCAUAUUCCUGCUGCCGUUUUGCACCGGUAUCUGACGGAUUACGCCAAACACUUCGGAGUUUUUGAACGGGUUGUCUUUAAUACCGCCGUAGACUCUAUUGAAAAGGGCGCGGAUGGUGGGUGGAAAAUCCAUACAGUGUCUGAGAAAGGACCGGCUUCUCUGCAGACUAAGAGACUUAUCUUGGCCACCGGAUUAACAUCAGCGCCGAAUAUGCCCACAUACCCUGGACAGGAUUCUUUCGGCAAACCAUUCUUCCAUGCAAAGGACUUUCGGUUGCAGGCUGAUACUUUGAACACAUCAAAGAAAGUAGUCGUCGUCGGAGGUGCAAAAUCUGCGUUUGAUGUUAGCUUUGCCUACGUUCAGGCCGGAGUUCAAGUGGACUUAGUCAUACGUCCGGAUGGAAAUGGGCCCGUCUGGUUGUGUCCGCCAUUUGUGACCCCCCUGAAAAGGAAGCUAGAGGAGUUGCUGCAUACAAGAUGUCUCACCUGGUUCAGCCCCACGCCAUGGGGGGAUGAGGAUGGGUUUUCAUUGCCACGAAAGUUCCUUCAUGGCACCAAGAUUGGACAACUUCUCGUACAUAACUUCUGGCACGCUCUGAGCUCCGAUGUCAUCGAGAUGAACGGAUAUGAAGAUCAUCAUUAUCCCAGUCUCGCUGCUCUUAAACCGUGGACUUCGGCAUUUUGGACAGGCAGUGGAGUGAGUAUCCACAACUUCGACACAAGUCUCUUUGAGCUGGUUAAAGAGGGCAAGAUCCGAGUCCAUACGGCAAACAUUACCAAUUUGACUCCCGGAAAGGUUCAUCUAUCUACCAGUAAUAUAUUGGACGCCGAUGCUAUAAUCUGUGCGACUGGGUGGAAGAAAACUCCUUCAUUUCAAUUUACAAACUGGGAUGCUGCACUCCCUCGCUCAGAAGUUGAAAUGGAUAAACUCAUCAGAUCUGCAGAUGAUGAGAUUCUUUCCCGUUUCCCCAUUCUGAAGUCCCAGCCAUCGCUUCGUUUCGAGGCAAAAAACCCUUCGAAGCCUCAACGACUCUACCGGUUUAUGGUGCCACCAACCCUCUGGGAAGACCGUACGUUGGCAUUUGCUGGAAUGAUCUCGUCUGUCAGUACUUCUAUUUGCGCUAGUCUUCAGGGACUGUGGAUCUCGGCGUAUUUCGAUGGAAACCUCAACCGAGUUCCCGCCAACCAAGAGGAAGCCAUCCAGGAAGCUGUUAGUAAUUCCCAGUGGGGUAAAUGGCGAUAUCCCUGUGGUUAUGGCGGCGAGAUUGCCGACUUUGCCUUUGAUGCUCUUCCAUAUUUUGACCUCAUUACCAAAGACAUGGGAUUGAAGAAUCACCGCAAGCCGCCUCCAAUGUCCGAGAUGACUGAGCCAUACAAGCCCUGGGAUUAUAAGCAAGUGGUUGAAGAAUGGCUUGCGAUUCACCCAGUAUAA